CCAUUGGCCAAAUGCAUUUGUGCUCAUUGCUUCUUUUGCCAAUCUCUUUGAUUCCCGCUUGCCUAAUCAUGCUGCUCCUCCUCGGGAAAGAAGGUUGGUGAGGCGUUCUUUGGAUCGCUCCUAAACCAUGUUUACUUCGCCAUCCUCCUCUCCCCAUCUGGAAAGCAGAACGGAGCAAACACAGAUGUCGACGCGGACAGUAUCAGUUUUGACCGCGGCAUAUAAAAGGAGAACUUUAUCCACUGCAGGAACAACGCCCUUUUCCAUCUCUUUAAUUCACCUUUCCCCAUCCACUACUCCUUUCAAGUCCUUCCAGGUCCAGUUCCCACUUUCUCUUACUUUUUCCUCAAUUGGACCGAAACCCUUCUUAACGAUAGUCUAGUCGAAAUUUGCAAAUAUGGCAGUACGCGACCUUCUGAUUGCUGCCGGUGCGGUGACUGGUCUCCUGGCCCUAGUUGCCUCCUUCAUGGGCGUCAAAAUCGAUGAUCCCCCACCACAACAUACCUCGCCUAUCACCGGUUUCCCAACAUGGCAUCAGACAUACAAGAACGAGGUCAAGGAAAUUACCAUGUCUUUCACGAUGUUGGCUCUUCUCUUUGCCACCGGAGCAGCCUAUGCCGCUCGCCAAGCCAUCCGCCGACCCUCGCGCUCCUUGACGGGCUUUGUCACGCUGUCAACAGGAAACGAGGAGGCGUCGACUCAGAUCAAUCAAUUCAUCCUCUACUACAUCAAUGCGACCUGGAUUGCUGUUUUGGGCUAUCUCUUUUUCGAUGUUGGAAAGAUUUGGGCUGUCGUUGGUGCUUUGCACAAUUUGCUUGAGGUCGCCUUGAUCGUAGUCUUGCAGUCCGGUGGUCGAGUCAGCAGCAUGUCAUUUGGGCUGUACAUGUUUAGCUAUGUCUGCAUUACUAUCCUGCUGAGCGUCUAUCUACCAUGGCCCUUAGACGCCAUCUUCUUCCGCUGGCAGGGACUCUGCUCGGAUUUCGCCCUUAUUGUCUUCUUUGUCCGGAUGUACAACUCGACCAAGAGACAGUUGGCAGCAUUCGGCGAUCCAAACCGCCACGAUAUCGAGCUUGCCAAAGCCCAGAAGGCCGCUGACCGCCUUGCACAGCAGCAAGAGGAGCAGCAGCGCAGUGGCACGACCGUCUCUUCGAGCUCGUUGCAGAGCGUGAACCUUACGCAGCCUAACUCAACCCUCCCGACCACUGACUCGUCCCGCACCAACCCUCUGCACGAACUCCAUGCUGGCUGGAAGAAGUUCGUUGCCCGUGCUCCCCUUCCCGAACACAACACCCAGCAAUCCGCUAAUGGCAACGCGUCCUUGACUCCCGGCUCUGCUCACGAAGCACGCUUCGCUGGAGAACCCGCUCAUGUCAUCGACUUUGUCCCUGCUCCCAGCAACGGCACCAACGGUCAUGCCAACGGUGGCCCUACCUACUCGGUUGUUGCUUUGAACCAGGAUGCGUCGAUCUGGGGCAUGCAGUGGCGUAACCCAGAGCAGCUCUUGCUCUUGGUCGCUGCCUCAAUCGUCCAUGUGAUCGGCAACUGUGUCACGACGAUCUGGAUUACGAGCACCUAUGCCAUGGCAGCCUUCCACAUCUCAUAUGGUGUCUCGUACCCGUUGUAUGCUUACUACCUGUAUGUGGAUAACCAUGCUCUUCGUCAGACCAAGGUGUACUUCCCAGAAUAUACCAAGCUCAAGAACAUUACAGUUGCUGCUCUAGCCCUCAUUGGUGCCACGGGUACCAUCCGCGCAGGAUUGUUCGUUUCGAGCCACGCCAAGAAUGGAGGCGCCUUUUAAAUGACGGAGUUAGUCCUUUUUAUUUUUAUUAUUUCCAUUCAGCGCAAAUAUCUCCUAUUUCGUCCUCCCAUUUUUUUUAGCAUCAACGUAUCAAAAAAAAGAGAAUGCAGCUGUGUCGAAGCGGUGGCUAUAACACCCUGUAAAUAAAUAAAAAAAAACGCUGCAGAUCCUCCA